CUGAAGCGUGCAUGCCGGAGAGUGGCAGCAAGCCCGGGAAAAUAUGGCUGAGGUCACACUAGUGUCGUUGUUCUCCAUCCUCAACCACUAUGUGCCCAUCGAGAACCCAUCUCCUGAGAGCCUCCAGUGCCAAGGUCCGCUGCCCCUGUACCUCCGUGAGCCUUUCUCUGUGACAACACGCCACGAUCACAAUCAAAAAGCUACCUCAGACUUCAUAAGUGCCAAAUUUCCACUCGUGGAUGACAUCGAGUCCCUCGGGACGUGGAGGGAUACGUUUAGUGAGAGUCGUCGCGCCUCUCAAACAGGAAACGGGUCUCCUCCUCAGCCGCCCCCGCACCCACGGAACCAAAGUGCACCCAGAUUAAGCUGGAAAUACAUACCCAACGACUUGUCCUCUUCCAUCAAUGAUAAAAAUUUAGAGAUUGCUUUCCAAGCCGGUCAUUCAGAGUUCAAUAAGGUAGUGACUUUGGAGCAAGUGUUAAAGAGGCAGAACCUGUCGCUGAGCAGGACAUCGCCGCCGAGUGUGCACCAGAGACUCUUCCGCCGCUCUCACCCGCUGGCCAAGAUCUACUCGGUGCUUGGCUACAUCAUGGACUACUGCACCAUCGUUAUCUCCCAAAUCCUACAAAGUGAAUCCUCGGUCGACGUGACGCCCCUUGAGCUGCAGCUGCUGGGUACAGUGGAUGCCUGUGAGACGCGGAGAGAGCGAGACGAGGAGGGCCCCUGCCACCCCGACAGGCGGUACAGGACCAUCAACGGCACGUGCAACAAUAUCGCCAAUCCCAGCUGGGGCUCUGCGUUCUCGCCUCUCCGUAGAAUCGUGCAAGCUGACUACGGAGACGGAGUGAUGAGCCUUCGUAGGGCACAGGACGGAAAGCCACUGCCCAGCGCUCGUCUGGUUAGUGCCACCAUCAACAGGAAUCGGAAAAGCGCCGCCACUUGCUUCUCUUUUCUCCACCUCACCUUCGGCCAGUUUGUUGACCAUGACAUCACCAGCACACCUGUCGCUAAGGGCGAGGACGAAGAAACCAUCCCUUGCUGCAUUGACGAGGUGAACAAGGACCCUAACCUGUUUCAUCCCGAGUGUGCGCCCAUCACCAUACCCGCCGAUGAUCCUUUCUACUCCACCUGGGGCGCCACCUGCAUGGAGUUCAUCCGCUCACUUCCAGCUGAGAGGUGCCUGAUAGGGCCUCGGGAGCAAGUGAACCAGAUAACAUCAUUCCUCGACGCGUCUAACGUUUAUGGAAGCACGGACGAAGACAGCGAGAACUUGAGGGAGGGAGAAGGCGGGCGACUGUUGGUGCAGGUGGCCAAGAACGGUGAGAGUCUGCUUCCCCCUUCCACUGACCGCGAAGACGGAUGCAACGACGAGGAAAAGUUCAGGCAGGAUGAAUUUUGCUUUAUUGCAGGUGACGAUCGCGUGAACGAACAAGUAAUGCUGACGCUGAUGCACACUGUUUGGGUCCGCGAGCACAACAGGGUGGCGAGACAACUAGAGGCGCAGAACCCAUCCUGGCCAGACGACCUAUUGUUCCAGGAGGCUCGGCGCAUAGUGGUGGCGGAGAUGCAGCACAUUGUGUACAACGAGUUCCUGCCAGGAGUGUUAGGGAGAGACCUCAUGGAAAGGCUGGACUUGUUGCCGCAGAAGGACGGACGGAAGACUAACAAUUAUAACCCAAACAUUAGUCCCACAAUCUCCAAUGAAUUCUCUACAGCGGCUUUCCGUUUCGGCCACAGCAUGAUUACAGAUAAUAUUCUGGAGAUCAACAAGGACGGAAAGAAAGCAGCCCAAGAAGUAAGCGAGGUCUUGUUCCAGCCUUUCUUUCUGUACGCCGCUAACUCCACCAAGAGACUGCUAAAGGGAAGCGUGUCCCAGAACGUACUCAAAGUGGAUCCAUUAUUUACUGAAGAGGUGACCGGGAAGCUGUUUCGGGGAGACAAGCAGUUCGGGAUGGACUUGGUGGCGCUCAACCUGCAGCGGGGACGGGACCACGGCAUCGGCUCUUAUCUAAGGCUACGUGAGGCGUGCGGUCUGGCCCCCGUAAGGACAUUCUCUGAUCUAAUACCGCACCUUUUGCCUGGAGCCGAAGAGCAACUAAGGAAGGUGUACAGAACAGUGGAGGAUAUUGACCUGUUUGCGGGAGGAGUAUCGGAGAAACCCAUUGAAGGAGGCCAGGUGGGGCCGACCUUUGCCUGUAUCAUCAGUGACCAGUUCCUGAGACUGAAGAUUGGAGACCGCUACUGGUAUGAGGAGGAAGGACCAGGAGCAUUCACGAGAGACCAACUGAGGGAGCUACACCGCGUCUCCUUGGCCCGUAUCAUGUGUGACAACGUCCUGGGCACACACACCAUAGCGCGCUGGCCCCUGCAGGUGUCCUCAGCCUUCAACCCUCAGAUAUCCUGCCAAUCUGACUGCAUUCCCUCCAUUAACUUCGAUUUCUGGCAAGCUGAUGAGUACAGAAAGUCUUGAGGGGUUUACUUCUCACAAUCUGAUGACUUGCUGAUCCUGGACCUAUCGCCGCACCGCCGCCACGGACAAGGGGACGUCUCUCUCUCUCUCUCUCUCUCUCUCUCUCUCUCUCUCUCUCUCUCUCUGCCUUCACCGCUGCUGGUCGACACAAGUGUUUGAGUGAGUAUUGCACUUUCCGGGAUGUUUUGGAGGACCGCAGCUGAAAAGGGACCUCCGGGAUGUACUAUUUUUUGGGGAAAAUGUGAUGUGAAAAGUCAAAUAAAAGCUUGCUUCCAAAUUUCCAA